UUCACAGGUAUGUGCCAAGAGAACAGGAAGCGAACACUUUCAGACUCCGAAACUGAUGUCAACUCCGGUCUACUCCCUUCUUUCUGUGAAUAAUACAAGCUGUGCUCAAUCCCUUCGGCUAGUUGAAACGCAAGCGAGAGAGCAAGCUAUCGUGAAAGCCGCGCCUUGUGGUUCAUUUAUAUUUGAGUCUUCGCCGUGAAAUCGGGAGCUUGAGUGCGAGGCAAGGGCGUGUUUUAUCUCAAGUCUUAGAGAGACACACUGCCCCCUCCUCCUUCUCCUCCUCCUCCUCCUCACUUGAUGCUAGCUCGGUAGCCUUUGCAUGUUGUUACACUCGUAGUUAAAGUUGUGUUAUAGUCUGCAUUUUUAUUUAUUUAAUUGGAGGUCAGCCUAAAAAGAAGAUGGGAUGUACUCUGAGCACGGACGACAAGGCGGCGCAGGAGCGGAGCAAGAUGAUCGACAGGAAUCUGCGGGACGACGGAGAAAAGGCAGCCCGGGAGGUCAAGCUGCUGCUGCUCGGUGCUGGAGAGUCCGGGAAAAGCACAAUUGUUAAACAGAUGAAGAUCAUCCAUGAAGCGGGCUACUCAGAGGAGGAGUGUAAGCAGUACAAGGCCGUUGUCUACAGCAACACCAUCCAGUCCAUCAUUGCCAUCAUCAGAGCUAUGGGACGCCUCAAGAUUGACUUUGCUGAUCCAGCCAGAGCUGAUGAUGCACGCCAGCUGUUCGUCCUGGCCGGUUCAGCAGAAGAGGGUUUCAUGACGGUGGAACUAGCCGGGGUCAUCCAGCGGCUGUGGAAGGACGGAGGCGUUGAGGCCUGCUUCAGCCGCUCCCGAGAGUACCAGCUCAACGACUCUGCUGCUUACUACCUGAACGACUUGGACAGGAUAUCCCACAGUGCUUAUGUUCCCACCCAACAGGAUGUGCUGCGGACCAGAGUCAAAACUACUGGUAUUGUGGAAACACACUUCACUUUCAAGGACCUGCACUUCAAAAUGUUUGAUGUUGGCGGUCAGAGAUCAGAGAGGAAGAAGUGGAUCCAUUGUUUUGAGGGAGUCACCGCCAUCAUCUUCUGUGUGGCUCUAAGUGACUAUGACCUGGUGCUGGCUGAGGAUGAGGAGAUGAAUCGAAUGCAUGAGAGCAUGAAGCUGUUUGACUCCAUCUGCAACAACAAGUGGUUCACAGACACCUCCAUCAUCCUCUUCCUCAACAAGAAAGACCUGUUUGAGGAAAAGAUCAAAAAGAGCCCUCUCACAAUCUGCUACCCAGAAUAUGCAGGCUCCAACACCUACGAAGAGGCUGCAGCGUACAUUCAGUGUCAGUUUGAGGACCUGAACAAGAGAAAGGACACCAAGGAGAUCUACACCCACUUCACCUGUGCCACCGACACCAAGAACGUGCAGUUUGUGUUUGAUGCCGUCACUGACGUCAUCAUCAAGAACAACCUGAAGGACUGUGGCCUUUUCUAAAGGCAGCCUGGUGGCCGGCUUACCGAGUGACUUUAUUCAAGGGGAUUUUGACUGGAGGGAACUUCAUGGACCCUGCUGAGAAUGUCACUUUUAACCUCUUAUUAACUUAUGUUCAUCUCUAAAAGUUUAAAGACGGUGUGUAGAAAAAACAUUUUGUGUAAAAUAUUUGUACAACUGUCUAUGGCUGGGGAUUUUUCACAGUUUUUAAAAUGUGCUUGUUUUACCUUAUUAUCAUUGUUUUCAAAUUUUAUAUAAAAAGGGGGGCCUUGACAUUGUUUUUGUCCAUAAAUGAACACUUUUUGUCUUUUGUUCGUAGGUCCUUGUGCCUUGCAUGCGUUAGUUGCAGUGUUUUUCUUUUUGUUCAGUUAGUUAGAUAUAGAUUUAUGUAGAUGUUACCAUUGAACUCUUCCCAAGCCGCCCCUGAGUCCAUAGUAUCUAUUUUUUCAAAUGAUUUCAUUGUCGCAUCUUUUUUUUUUUUUUUUGCCUUCUUGGACAAACCAAGCAAGACCAAGUCACUCUAUAGACCAUUUCACUCUGACUCUUGACAAACUGUGAGAGCUGUGUGUAAACCUUUUCGGAUGUGUGCAACGAUUGGGAGCUUUGUUUUGAUUGAGGCCAAAAGCCAGUGUGUUUGUGUGUGAGAAUGUGUACACAAUAUAAAACAAAGGGACUUUAUUCCUCUACUUGUCAUCCUCUUUCAAAGUUUUUAUUUUUCUAAGUGACCAAAAAGAAGCUACUCUCUGUAAUAAAAAAGUGCACAUUGUUGGUGCGCUGCUACAAACUGUAACAUUCCUGAUUGACUCAUAAAGCAAAGAAGCUUUGAAUAGAGGAUGCCAAUGGCGGCCUUGUAGCAGACAGUAGGACCAUAUGUAGAUCUGUGUUCUGUGCGUAGACAGACGGAGAUGUGGCUGGGUGCACUGUUAUUGCUCAUGUGUGAUGGUUUCAAGUUACAUAUCCCCCCUAGACCCCAACCCUCUGUUUCCAUUGGAUGGGCACAUUAGUGGACUAAUCUCCAUGAUUUUGCUUAUAAAAGAGUUGCUGUGGUAAAACCAUGGCAACUUAUGCAACAAACAA